AUGGCCUCAACUGCGCCAAAAGUCCCACUUCCCGAGCGCCGAGAUCCUCCUGAAGUGAUCGACCAGCAAGCAUCAAGACUAGUCGAGCUCAUCAAGAACAGCAAACACUUUAUCGUCUUUACGGGCGCAGGAGUGUCAACAUCUGCAGGUGAGCUGCUCCGUCAAGUAUCACAUAACAAUAGCUUAAAUAGCGUCCAAAACACAGGCAUUCCCGACUUUCGUGGCCCUGAAGGCGCUUGGACACUCAGAGCCCAGGGGAGAGUGCGCACCACUAGGGCUGUGAGCACUCUGCAGGCGAUCCCGACACCCAGCCACAUGGCGCUGCUGGAACUGCAAAAUCGAGGCAUCAUGAAGUAUCUUGUCAGUCAGAACUGUGAUGGACUACAUCGCAGAAGUGGUAUUAGGCCGGACAUGAUCUCAGAGCUUCACGGGAAUAGCAAUCGGGAAUGUUGUAGAGAUUGUGGCAAGGAAUAUAUCCGCGGCUUUCGAGCAGUCGCAACCUACGAAAAGACUGUCCGCGAUCACCGAACCGGACGCACAUGUACCCGUUGCGGAGGACUUCUCCACGACAGCAUCAUCAACUUUGGCGAGGACUUACCCGCCGAGGCCUUCCAACUUGCGACUGACCACGCUGAAAAGGCCGACUUGUGCCUUGUUCUCGGUUCAUCCCUAACAGUCACUCCAGCUAGUGGGAUACCGCAAAUCUGUGGGAUGAGACGUAAUGCUAAGCUCGUCAUCUGCAACCUCCAAAAUACGCCGUUUGAUCACAUCUCGGAGAUGCGUGUCUACUCCGAGGCGGACAACCUGAUGACACGAGUGAUGCAGGGCCUAGGACUCCCGAUUCCCACCUUUAUUCUUAAAAGACGAUUGGUCAUCACGGCCGAGACGGACGGCAACGGUCGUCAGUCGCUGACGCUCAGCGGGAUUGAUGUUGACGGCACACCUGUGUCGUAUCUCCAAUCUGUCAAACUCGAGUACAACAGACGAGUUCUUCGAUCUGAACCGUUCAUGUUCAACUUCCGGACUGCUUUGAGCCCUGGCACAAACCUCAAGUUUGAGCUUGAGUUCAUGGGUCAUUACAAUGAGCCGAAUUUGAUUGUGGACUAUCAAGUUCAAGACGGCGAGGCCCAUGAGGCGUUGUAUGAUCUUCACUAUGACCCAAGUACUGGUGAGUGGAUGAGUAUCAGAGGGUGA